GGCCGACGCCAGGCCUUGCACAAUGUUUUCGCUCCUCGCCUCGCUACCUCCGAGCGCCGCCGCCGUCGCGAUCGGUCCACACUUCGUGCCCUCCGGCAGCAAGCGGGUUUGGAUCGGUGGACGCCCAGCGCAGCCACUGCGACCCGAGCAGAGGCAAUCGUUGCUAGCGGACUUGGCGGAGGCUGUGCUCGCGCCAAGUCCUUUUGCUUUGGUCGACAUCCCUAAGCGUUCGACUCCCCGGUCUCGGCCCGCCAAAAUGGCCAUGGCCGACGCCGCCGACGAGGAUCCGCUGACGGCCGCUCUUGGCCGCGAGGCACAGCGCUUUGCGGACGAGAUGUCCCGAACUGUCAAUGUCGACCAUGCGGCGCUCGAGCUCGCGACCGCUGCGGCUCGUGACGCCACCAUCACCACAUUCGAGAGCGACGAAGCGGAGGACGAUCGCUGGGCCUCCCUCUUUUUGGCGCGUGGCGCGUUCAGCGCGGAGGCGGCUUGCGCUGCCGCAGAGUUCCGCCGCACGUGGAUCUCGCCGCAGCCGUGAGCGUGCCCUGGGGCCGCUCGGCCGACUGUGGAUUGACUGUGCUGCAUGUCUUCAAGUCCUCCUCCGUCUCAUGUACAAUUCUACUCGAAUCAAAAGAGCGAGACGCGCCCUCGC